AUGUUGCCGUUUCAGCUGCGAAAGGCCGUCGAGGCCGCCCACCAAACGGCGCAAGAACAAAUGCAGCAAAAUCAGAACCAAGCAGAAGGGAAGUUAUCCUCAGAGGAACACAGCCGGCUCGCAGAGCUCCAGAGACAAAGGGCCCAUCUAGAGAUGAGACAGCUGCAGGCACAAGCAGGUUUGCUCACGCAGACGCAGGCGCAGAUUGCUGCUGCAGGAUUGGAGUGGCUGUAUGAGGACCCCAAAAACAACGCAGAGGCGAAGGAAAGGGAGCGGGAAGCGUUUCUGCUGGGGAAGCCGAUCCCCAACGUCGCCCCCCAAGCGGAUGAGUCGUUAGAGCAGCGCGUAGCCGAGACAUCUAUAAAGGCUUCUGCUAUGCUGCUGCCGACACAGGACCGGCUGCGGAAGCUGCGAGAGGAUCCGCUGCUGCUAAUAAAGCAUGCGGAGAUGGCACAGCAAAUGGCUCAGGAGUCGAACCCGCUGCUGCAGCUGCAGCAGAAGCGGGCGCAGGAAGCAGCAGCAGCAGCAGCUGCUGCUGCUGCUGCUGAGCAGAAGAAGCUGAGGAAGGCUAUGAAGAAACAAAAAAAGAAAAAAAAGAAAAAGAAAGACAAACGACAUAAACACACAAAACGCAAACACAGCAAAGCCCGCAGUAGCAGCAGCAGCAGCAGCAGCAGUAGCAGCAGCAGCAGCAGCAGCGAGAGUGAAGGGGAGGGAGGGAAAAGCGAAAGAGGCAGCAGCAGCAGCAGCAGCAGCGCAGCAGCAGCGAGAAGAGAAAGAUCGCGCAGCAGAGAACGAAGGCCAUACAGCAGCAGCAGCAGCAGCAGCAGCAGCAGCAGCAGCAGCAGCAGCAGCAGCAAAUACAGCAACAAGGAGAGAGACAACAGAGAUAAGAGUGAUCCUAACCAACACAGAAAAUACGAAACAGCAAGAAGACUAGAUAAAGAAGAAAAAGAAAAAGAAAAAGAAAGAGAAAAAGAAAAAGAAAAAGAAAAAGAAAGAGAAAGAGAAAAAGAAAGAGAAGAAAAGAGACGUAAAACAAACACAACAGACAAACAUAAACACCCUUCUCUCUCUCUUUCGGCCUCUUCCCCCGAUAGCAGCAAAUACAGCAACAAGGAGAGAGACAACAGAGAUAAGAGUGAUCCUAACCAACACAGAAAAUACGAGGCAGCAAGAAGACUAGAUAAAGAAGAAAAAGAAAAAGAAAAAGAAAGAGAGAAAGAAAGAGAAAGAGAGAAAGAAAGAGAAAGAGAAAAAGAAAAAGAAAAAGAAAAAGAAAGAGAAAGAGAAAGAGAAAAAGAAAGAGAAGAAAAGAGACGUAAAACAAACACGACAGACAAACAUAAACACCCUUCUCUCUCUCUCUCGGCCUCCUCCCCCGAUACAACCCAAACUACAUCUCCCCCCAUCACCACCACCACCACCACCAGCAGCAACAGCAGCAGCAGCAGCAGCAGCAGCAGCAGCAGCAGCAAGCGAGUGUAUGGCCCCACACUGGCGGGAGCUGGUGCUGACCCGUCUCCCUUUCGUGUUGCUGAUGAUCUCCUCCCCCCAGCAGCAAUACGCAAAAAGGCAGAAACGAUGCAGCGCAUGCAGCAGCUGAAGCAAAACAUCAACAGCAGCAGCAGCAGCAGCAGCAGCAGCAACGGGGGAGGGGAGACGGUUGCAAACGAACAAACGCCAGAAGAAAGGCUUCAAGCCAUGAGAGAAGAAGGGCUGAGGCGGGAGGAGGAGAAGCAGCGGCGUUCUGCGUUAAUAAGAAUGAAAGAAAAACUAGAAGAAAGAAUUGAAGAACAAAAAAGAAAUUUAUUAGGGGCCGCGGAGGAAACGCGGGGGCUGCGGCCCCGUGUGGUGUCGUUUCAGCCUGACGCCAUACACCGAGAGGUAUCCUUCGCCAACAGGAAAAUACAAAAAAACAUAAAAGACCUAGAUGCCUCGAUUUCAGAGCUCAAAUAA